AAAGAACACAAAAUGAGGACUUUAUAAAAGUCAUGUUUAGCUCUACGCUACACAUUGAAAGUCUUUGUUAGACUUCAUCAUAACGUUUCCCUUAUUCCGAAGCAGACAUCUCAUUUAGAGUGUGGUCAUUCUUGUACAACUUGCUCAAUGAUAAGUGCAUAAUAGCAAAACUUGGUGAAAAAAGCAGCGUCUCAGUUUCUCUUGCAAAAAAUACCGGUAGAAACUUGGAUUUAGAAGAAAGAAAGGCCAGAAAAGCUAUUGGCUCCAAGGUGGAUAUGCUUUUCAAAUAUGAAUAUGAUGAACUCAGCUCUUGUAAGAUCGGAAGAGAUCAAGUGACAGAAGUCGACGACAAAUACCUUGGACGAUGGCCGUAUCAAGCUUCCCAAAAUACUAAGAGAUAUGCCUGCAAGUUUAGCCAAGAAAAACCCAAGCCAAGUCAAUUCGAUUGCAACAGUUGGGUAUUAAUAAUGGGAAUUGGCAUGGAGCUUGUAUUGAUAGAUGUUCCUGUUGGCAAUUUAAUAUGUAGAGUAUCAAAAACAGACAGAUACGAAUUCCCUCAGUCUGUGGAUACUUUUGCACUUGAUUUUAUUCCUUUGCUACAAGUUGUAUAAUUCUUGUAUUUUCAAACGCGAGAUACUGUAUAAGAGUAGAUUAAAUAAUAAUAA